GGGAGGGGGAGCGGGGCCGGGGGAGGGUCCCCCGCCCUCUCCGCCCUCGGGAGGGCAGGGCAGCGCGGGGCACGGGGGUAACGCGCCUCGGCGCCGCGGGCGGCCAGGGCAGCCCUGUGCGGGGUGUGGGCUGAGUGUACAAGGCUCGGGGAGGAAGGCUGUGUGGUCUGACUGCUGUGAGGAUGGACGAGGUUCUGACAGCUCUUUGUUUCCUUUGCGCGUGCUUGUAGUUCGUGCUUGUGUUUGCGUGGUUCUGUUUGUAUCACGGGUGAUAAAAUAUCUAAGUGAAGUGGGUUUUUUUUUGCUUUAAAUUAGGAACUGCUGCUUUGUUCUCACGUCCAUUUUGGUAAAUGGGUGCUAGUUCCUGCCUAGGGUUGCUUGCAUUCAUGUCUGACACGCUUGUGUUGCCCGUGCUUCCCUGGCCGUGCUGGAUUUAAUUCAGUGUGCCAUCCUGGGUCUGGAUGUUUACAGCAAGGCAGAGGUUAGAACUAGCUUAACGUUUUUGGAGUUGGAUUUUGGAGUUUUGAUGGUCCUGUGUGGAACCAGGAGUUAGACUCAAUGAUCCUUAUGGUUGCCUUCCAACUCAGGAUAUUCUGUGAUUCCAUGAUCAGGGAUAGGGCCUGGAUCCUUCCCCAGACUACACAGAGCUCUUUUCAUUGCUCCAUUUUUCUUAACUCUUGGGAAAAAAAAAAAACACACAACAAAAACCAAACAGUGAUGGUUGAAAGGGGUGUGUAUACUUGGGAAGAAGCAGGGAAGGAAUGCUGACACAGGCUGGCUGCAGGCAUUUUCAUCACCAUACUAGUUUUGCUCUGUUGCCGAAGUGACUUGGUGCUGUAAAUGCUGAUGUUUUUCUCACUGAGGUGAGAACAGGAAGGAGAAGUGCUAACACAAGUACAGAUUGUUUUACCAUCUUGAAUAAGACUAUCAUCCAUUUAUCAUUUAAUGUUUUUCUUAGGUGUUACUAGCUGGAGUUCAGAAGAACCAAAGGUUUCCUUUUAAGUCAGUUUUAGUGCAAAAAGUUUAUAGCUGCACUAUCUUUCACCUGGAAGGUGGCUUUCUACUAUGCAAGAAGUAGACCAGUAGACUCUUUUAAGUAUCUUCUUUAAUUUUUACAUCAGUGGGAUUUCAUACGCGGUGUUAGCUUGCAUGGAAGAGCUCUGAAAUUAAGAUAAGUCAGAUGGCUUCACAGUUUGUCAUGUAGGAUUGAUUACCAUAAAGCCCUACUAAGUAUGCACUGUAACUUUUCCUAUUUUUUUUUUCAGUUGCUUUUAGAUCUUUGGAUAUUUUACGUAAGUUAAAUGACAGAAAUGUACACUGAAGAAAAGAAAAUCACUCUUGGGUCUUUGGUAUUCAUAUCUGUGUGAAAGGUUCUAGAAUGUUCCAUGAAAACACAUCAGCAGAUUGCUUAACUACAGUAACAACAUCUACUGAAGAUGGUGCUUUCCAAACAAAAGGCCAUAAUACAAGAAUCCUUAGCCCAGAAGAAGCAGAGAGACUGGCGAAAGAUCAGGUUUUGGUGUCUGACUUCAAACAGCUGAAACUGGAAAAAGAGGCACAGAAGAACUGGGAUCUGUUUUACAAAAGAAACAGCACCAACUUCUUCAAAGACAGACACUGGACAACCAGAGAGUUUCAAGAAUUAAAAGCAUGUCGGGAGUUUGCAGACCAGAAACUGACCAUUUUGGAAGCGGGCUGUGGGGUUGGAAACUGCUUAUUUCCGCUCUUAGAAGAAGACCUGAAUAUUUUUGCAUAUGCCUGUGAUUUCUCUCCUAGAGCUGUUGAAUAUGUGAAGAAAAAUUCCUUGUACAGUACUGAAAGAUGCAAAGUGUUCCAGUGUGAUCUUACCAAAGAUGAUCUUCUAGAAAAUAUACCAGCAGAUUCUGUGGAUGUCGUCACUCUUAUAUUUGUGCUUUCUGCCAUUCAUCCUGACAAAAUGCAUCUUGUCUUGAAGAACAUUUACAAGAUAUUAAAACCAGGCAAGUGUGUCUUGUUCAGAGACUACGGACUGUAUGAUCAUGCGAUGCUCAGGUUUAAAUCUGGCAGCAAACUUGGAGAAAACUUCUAUGUUAGACAAGAUGGGACAAGAUCAUAUUUUUUUACUACAGGUUAUUCCUUGCGUGGAAGAUGAAGUCUACCAAUGAAGUGUAUAGUUUGUAGAGCAGAAACAUGACAGAAGGGCUGAGAAGCUUGUACCCAGAUCCUACUGAAAUAGCUGUGGUCACUGUCCUCUCUUUCCUCAUGAAGGUGAGGCAAAAAACAUUUCCAUUUGAUAGAGUAUUUUAACAGCUUUUCAUUCAGUGCUCUGAAUGCUUUGAGAAGGAUGGUAAUUGUUGCAGGAUAUUGGUGGCUAAAUUGAAACACAGAGACGUGAAGGAAUUUGUUAAGGCUCUCAGAAUGAAUUGGGUUUAUAGCUCGUCUCUUAACUCCCAAUUCUUCAUGCUAAACUUUAGUGAACUGUUACUUCUCCCUGUCAAAUAUAGGGCACGGUGUAAUAAAAGCUCUGUGUUUAUUUCUGUGGGCUCUUUGUUCCUAGUAUAAAGCAAAAUAUAGCCACUGAAGAGACCAAUUUGAAGCCAAGUAAAUGUUCAUAUUUUAUGACAUAAUGUAUAACCUAAUUGCUUCUGAUAUAUAAAAAACAUUAAUCAUGUCUGAGCUCUUUUUGUUUUUCACAGGACUAUGAUGAAAUCCAAGAUAAUGCAGGCUAUUCUACAGCUUCAUUAAAGCAUUUCCAGAGCUAUUAUUUACCGAGUGAUUUUUAGUUCCACUUUAACAAAUUAGCUCUUAAAUAGAGAAUGGGUGCGAAAGGGACCAAAUAAGAAACUGACCUAUCUGUGUAAUUUUAAAUCCCAUUCUUACUAUUUAUUAGAAUUGUUUCUGAAUGAGAAAUUCUGUGGUAGUGUGAAUGUGUGCUCUGGGGGAAGAAUUAUGAUAGGGAGAGUGAAGAGGGAGGAAGGAAAAAAGUGAACCGAUCUUACAUUCGUUGUGUUAGCAGUUAUUUUGCCUUGGGCUCAUCUGUGACUGUCUCACAGACCACCUCUGCUCCUGCUUCUGAUCCAUUCCCAGCUCAUUUGUCUCACUAAUUUUCAUGUAAAUAUUGGUUAAUGCUUGAGAAUUUGUUUGUUACUAGAAAUGUGACUCUGUCGUUCUUGUACAGUUGGCAACCAGUGCUAUUUUUUUUUUUUUAAUU